AUGCAUAUGAAACUCGCAGAUAACCUCGGGGACAUCCUCGAGGAAUUCCGUCCCAAUCUGACCCGGUUCGAAUCUCUCUAUCGCCACAUCCAUAGCCACCCCGAAUUGUCCUUCUGCGAAGAAGAAACCUCAAAUAUCGCUGCCGAGCACCUGAAGGAAUUGGGAUACGAAGUACAUACGCACAUCGGUGGCUACGGCGUUGCCGGGGUUCUCCGAAAUGGCGAUGGGCCCACAGUUCUUCUACGAGCCGACAUGGACGCGCUCCCAGUAGAGGAAAAGACAGGGCUCCCCUACGCAAGCACCAAGACUGCGAAGAAUAAGGAUGGAGUAGAGGUGCCAGUCAUGCACGCCUGCGGUCACGACACCCAUGUCGUUAGCUUGAUGGCCAGUGCUUCUCUCCUUUAUUCGGCCCGAAAGCAUUGGUCCGGCACCCUGAUUUGCAUCUUCCAACCAGCAGAGGAACUAGUAUCGGGAGCGCGGGCCAUGCUGGAUGACGGUCUCUAUGACAAAAUACCUCACCCUGACGUGGUGUUGGCACAGCAUGUCAUGCCCAUGAAAGCAGGCACGAUCGGUGUCAUCUCCGGCCGGCUCUUGACGGCGGCGGAUUCGUUCAAUGUGCGCAUCUUCGGCAAGGGUGGCCAUGGCUCGGCGCCUGAGGUCUGCAUUGAUCCCGUUGUUACGGGGGCCUCGAUUAUCAUGAAGCUGCAGACCAUCGUGGGCCGUCAGGUGCCUCCCGGCAAACUGGCUGUGGUGACAUGUGGCUAUAUCCAGGCCGGUCACGCGGGAAACGUCAUCCCAGACACGCUCGAUCUCAAACUGGACGUGAGAACGUGCGAUGAGGUGAUCCGUGAGCGUGUGGUGAGCUCCGUCAAGCGAAUCAUCCGCGCCGAAUGCGAGUCAGCUGGCUGUGAAAAGGAACCUCAAAUCGACCACGUCUCCUCCACCCCGGCCACCAUCAAUGACGACGCCACUGUACAAACCCUGCGGAAGGCUUUCGGCUCUUACUUUCAAGAUUGUCUCGUUGAGACGAGUCCUGCCAACGCAAGUGAGGAUUUCUCAUUAUUGGCUCGAGCUGUGAACGCACCGUACGUGAUGUGGACAUAUGGCGGCGUCGAUCCUCAAACCUGGGACGACGCAGUGAAGAAUGACACGGUGAAGGACCUUCCCAGUAACCACUCGCCAUACUUUGCGCCAGUGAUCGAGCCCACGCUUCAAACAGCCGUGGAUGCGAUGUCCAUCGGAGCGCUGACAUUCUUGGAGCGACAAUGA